CGAAUUAUGCAUGAAUUAAUGUCAAUAAAUAUUAUUUAUUUGUUUAUUCUUCAAAGGAGGGCAAUUUUGUAAGUGAGGCCAGUUCCAGGCAGUUAUGGUGUUCGAAAAUCAAGCAAAAUAUUUUGCCUCAAAUGUGUGAUUAUGAAACAGAUGUUUCAAAAUCAAAAUUUAAAAGGGCAAGAAAUAUAGAGAUUCUAUGUGAGUGAGAAAGAGAGGAAUAUCAAUAUCAGGGCAGAGUCAUUCAUGCAUAGAGAGUGUGUCGAGGGUCACUAAACUCCUUCACUGUGAAACAAAGAGGGAGAAAAUAUAAAUUUUUGUUAAUUGGGUCUUUUUUGUAUAAUCAUCAUUCUCAAAUCUUUCACUGUUUUAUAGGAUUAUUUGCAGUGAUUAGAUACAUAAUGGAUAUUUCAGAAUACACAAGAAUUGUUUUGGAUAAGAUUCAGAAAUUUGACCCAGAAAAUGCCACAAAGAUCAUUGGCUAUCUCCUUUUGCAUGACCUUGGAGAGCAGGAAUUGGCUAAAUUGGCUUCCUGCCCUGACCAUAUGAUACGUGAAAUUGCAUUUAAGGCCAAAACCGAGCUACAAAAUCUGGCUGCUAAAUCUGCCAUACUUUCAAGCUCACCUCCUAUGAACCCUCAACAAGUUAUCAGCCAUUUACCCAUAAUCUCCCCGAGGGCAACUGCUCCACCAAGCUUUCAGGUUCCUCCCAACUUUUGGGAGCCACAGUCAGCUAACAGUAUUAACCCAGAGUUUAUGUCAAUGGGUUACAUGGAUUCCAUCCCAGAACUUCAGAAGCAGACCCAGCUUUUGUGUGCAGAGACUCGGAUGGAUCCUGCUAGUUCUGGUUCUGCAGGGAUUGCCAAUGAUUACUUUAGUUUAGAUGCUUCAAAUGUGAAUUUGAAUGGAAAAUCCGGAAGAAGGUUUGGCCUGUCCGAAUUUCCAGUGAAGACAUGUCACUAUUUCAACAAAGGAUACUGUAAGCAUGGAAGUAGUUGUAGAUACUAUCAUGGACAAGUUGCACCUGAGAGCUUCUCUCAUAUGAAUGGGAACGGUGAUGAUCAGGGAGGAUUGCCUGGCUCGCUUGCACAGUUGGAGGCAGAACUUGUCGACCUUCUCAGGCCACGGAGAGGAAAUCCUAUUUCCAUUGCUUCCCUUCCAAUGGCAUAUUAUGAGAAAUACAAAAAGGUGCUUCAGGCAGAUGGUUAUCUAACUGAGAGCCAGAGACAUGGUAAAUCAGGAUAUAGUUUGACAAAGCUUCUUGCACGAUUGAAAAAUAGUAUACGACUAAUAGACAGGCCUCAUGGGCAGCAUGCAGUGGUUCUGGUUGAAGAUAGGUACUUGGAAAAAGGAGAUCCCAGUCAAAAUAUAAGCGCAUCAAGACAAAUAUAUUUAACAUUUCCAGCAGAUAGCACUUUCACAGAACAGGAUGUCUCAGACUACUUCAAUUCCUUUGGGCAGGUUGAAGAUGUAAGGAUUCCAUCCCAACAAAGAAGGAUGUUUGGUUUUGUAACAUUUGUUGAUCCAGAAACUGUUAAAAUGAUACUGGAAAAAGGAAAUCCUCACUUUGUACGCGGCUCCCGUGUGCUUGUGAAACCUUACCGUGAGAAGUCAAAGCUUAUAGACAGGAAAUAUUCAGAGAGGGUUGAGCCUCCUGUUGUUUGUUCGCCACAUUAUGUAGACAUGGACUUUGAACUUUCCCCAAUGCCAAGUUAUGGGAACCCCAGAUUUCUGAGGAGGCAGCUCAUAGAUGAGCAUGAGAAGGUCCUUGAAUUUCAGAGGAGACAUCUUGCACAGCUGCAGCUGACCCAAAAACCUCUGUCAAGUUCGCCUUAUUUCAGAUGCUCAUUAGGCCAGUUAAAUGUUUCAGAAGAUCCUUUCAAUUUUCAAGCGGCAGAAUCUCUCGAUUAUGCUCUCAAUGACAAGUCUGGGCAUACAGACACCAGUUGUGCCGACAGAGACAGAAGCCAAGGAAUCGAUCUUCCGGAGAGCCCAUUUUCAUUUCCAGUAGAUAGUGGAAUUUCGACAGUCAUAUAGAUUCGGAAGGAAAAAUACUUUGGUACAGUUCUCAUUUGUUUGCUAUCAAAUUUUUCAGUAGAAGUAUGAUAAGUGGUGUGGCACUAAGCCAUAAAGAAUCCACUUGUUGUAUUUUUGUUAGAAAACUUGAAACCAAACAUCUUAUGAACUUUACCUAAAUUUUGUCCCCCAGGAGAGAAAUAUAGACUUAAAUUUGCACCAGGCAAAAAGCAACAUCUUUAGUUUUUUUUCUGAAGCACAGGCCCUUUCAUCAAUUUCCAUUCUCGUAGCUCGUCGAGUCUCUGUUCAGCUCCAACAAGUACAUACUAGCCAAAGAAGAAGAAACAAUGGAAGAAUUUCCUCUUUAGUUCCUGACAAUGGGUGUCUUAACAAAUAGAAAUGUGAUAUAUGUAAGAAUGUUAUAGUUUUGGGUAAUAUUUCGCAAGUUCUGCUUCUCAGAAAGUUGAAUACAAGACACUCCAAGAUUCUAACUUUAGAGUGAGAAUCUGAAUUUCACCUUUGUAAAACUCAAUCUUUUGAAAAGUAGUGUUCUUAUAGAGUUACCCUGAUGUUUUUUAGUUACAAAAAGAAGGCAAAGGGUUUGGUUUUUAGCUAGGAAGAUCCUUAUGAAGUCAUUUAGUGUAUGAAAGAAAUUAUGUGUAUGCAUAGUUUUCUUGUUGAACUACUUUGGAAUUUGUGGAUCUGGACAGAGAUGAACCAUUUGAAGUACUUACUGAUAAAAGUUUUAAUAAUAAUAGAUUACAUUACUUCUA